AUUAUUAUAUUACACAGUUGAAGUGGAAUAUAAUACUUAAUAUGUUAGAAUUACAGUUGCAUUAGACAAUAAAUUUAAAAGUCAGAUGUUUUAGAGUAUUGAAUGAGUAUUUUAUGGCUUUAUUGUGAUUACAAUAAUUCAACAUGGUUAGCGAACCUCAUUAGUGUUGAAGGCAUGUUCAACUUUCUUCCUCACCUUUACCCAUGUCUGAAACAUUAGCUUUGGAUAGGAACAACCAAUGUUGUGGAAGGAGGUUUUGGUUUGUAAAAGACAUUUGUGGCAUCAUCUGUGCAGUAAUAACAUGGCUGUUGGUACUGUAUGCAGAAUAUGUGGUUCUGAUCGUGAUUAUAUUGCCUAUUAGUAGUAUUUACCCAUGCUACAGUGCUGUCAACCUAAUGAUAUUUGAAGUACUUGCAUUUUUGGCUGUAUUUUCUCACCUGAAAGCAAUGCUAACAGAUCCUGGUGCAGUACCCCAGGGUAAUGCAACAAAAGAAGCUGUCCAGCAGCUAGGGUUGCAGGAAGGACAAGUUGUAUAUAAAUGUCCUAAAUGCUGCUGCAUUAAGCCAGAAAGAGCUCAUCAUUGUAGUGUUUGUCAGCGUUGCAUUCGUAAGAUGGAUCAUCACUGUCCAUGGGUCAAUAAUUGUGUAGGAGAAAAUAAUCAGAAAUAUUUUGUGCUUUUUACAUUCUACAUUGCUGUGAUAUCAGCCCAUGCUUUCUUUUUGGCUAUCAGUCAAUUUAUAACUUGUAUUAAUGGAGACUGGAAAGAAUGUUCUUCAUACUCUCCACCUGUUACCGUUGUCCUGCUACUUUUCCUAGUAUUUGAAGCUUUGUUAUUUGCUAUAUUUACUUUAGUUAUGUUUUGUACACAAGUCCAAGCAAUAUGGAAUGAUGAAACGGGUAUUGAGCAGCUAAAGAAUGAGUCUAUCCGUUGGCAGAAGCAGUCACCAAAACGGAACAUGAGAACAGUGUUUGGUCAAUUCUCUCUAGGUUGGUUCUCUCCAUUCUCAGGCCCAAGUUUUCCUUCUAAGAAAACAGAAGGCUGUCUUUAUGCUGUGUAAUGGUGUUCAAUGUUUCAGCAUGUUUUGUGAACUGAAGAUGUUAGAUAGCUAUUUGAAAUAAAAAAUGACUUUUUCUAUACUCAUCAUGUUUCAGGCAAUUUAAUUUUACUCUCAUAACUUUUGUUUUUGUUAAAAUAUUGCUGUUUAUGCAGUGGAAUAUGUUUGGUACUUGAUAGAUUAGAUUUAUGGAUUUUUAAUUUAUUUUUUUAAUGACCAUUAUCUUAUUUCUUUCUACUGAAAUGUCUCUUAAGAAUCAACAGAUGGAAAAUGUCUUAAUUCCAUGCUAAAAAACUUGACAACUUUUCUGUCGUAGUCAAAUGUUUAAUCAUACGUAUCAGUGUUUUUGUAUUUUAUACUUUCUAGAGUUAUAAGGUUAGAAAAUACAGCUGAAGUUGGUUUAAAGUAAUUUAUAAUAGAAAGCUUAUUAGGCAGUAUGUUUCAAAUUAUGAAUAACAAAAAAAAUUGAUAGCUUUAAAUAUAUGAAACUAGUAUAUGAAUUUUAUCAAAUGGUUGUGAAAUAUGAUGCCUUGAAACCUUUUUAUGAAGAUAGUUCUUUCAGAACUGGUCAAUAAACUAGUAAAUUAUAUUCAAAAUGUAAAUGGGAUUGAAUCAGUUUUAAACAUAUUGAUACAACAUUUGAAAAAGAGAAAAUAAAUUUUAAACAAUACUAAGAUUAACUUUUUAAGGGGGUGGAGUUGCUUAGCAUGUAGCUUGGGACAGUUGAUUAUGGGAAGUUUUCACAGUAGUAGAAAAGCUGUGGUUACAGUUAGUUUACUCAUUGUGUAGGAUUUGUAUAUUUAAGAUUAAUUUGUAUAGAAAUUGAACAAAUUAGAAAAGAUUCUCUUGUGUAAAUGGUUAUAUUUCCAGACACAUUUUGGGCUACAACCACCACUCUGUGUUUAAGAGUGCUGAUAAUUAUGAGGUGUACCUAUUUUUAGGAUCACAGAUCUAGUGUUUCCUUUAAAUAUUAAAAAACACUACAAUGAAUACCAUAAAUUAAAGCUUGCCAGCUAGAUGGCUGUACGAGGAUAGUUACACAUUACACCAAGAAUAGUAUCCAUUGGCAAAUGUAUUGAAACAUUGUCUUUCUAUUAAGUUACUAAGUAUUUUGUACAUCUGUUACUGUACAGUAUGCAUAGUAACUUUAAUUUUACGGCGAAAAUAAUCUUAUUUAUGUCUAAAAAGGCUCCAACUUUAUCAUUGUACAAGUUGUUUUCUAAAGAACUGUAUUGUUAAAUGAUAUUUAGAUGGUGCCAUUUAAGUUGAAGUGUAUGGGUAUAAUGAGAAUCUUAAGUAAUAUGUAUAUUUGAUUAUUGCCACAUAGAAAUUUUAAUAAGUAUAGAAUUGUAAUUAUUUGUUGAAAAUAGAGCAAAAUAAACAAAUGUCAUGGAUUUUCAUAAUGAUAGCAUUAUAGGUGUGUGGAUACUUGCUACAGGUCUGUGAUGAGCAAUGUAGCUAGAAAGAUCAUGCAUUGAUAAUACCAAAUUAGAAAAAAAUGUAGUUUGCCAAAAUCCUCAGUUUUCUAAUUUUUAUUCUGUAUACACGUUAUAUUAAAGUUUUUUUUAUCAUUAAAUUAAACAUUUAUUUUGUCACUAGGGGGAAAUUUCUCUCACUGAACCAUAUUCUGAUGGUUAAUUUAAGUAAUAAAUAUGCAGGUAUAUAAUUGUACAAAUGUUAUUAAUGUGUGGGCUGGAUAUGUACUAAUUUCUAUCAGUUUGAUUUAGGAAAUAAUAAGGAUGCAUCACAUUUAAUAAUAGAGCAGUAGCAUUGUUAAUUAUAAAAAUUUAUGUGCUUUAGAACAGAUCCAUAUGAAUAACACAAAUAUUUUUUGUGAAAUCACAUUGGAACUAGCUUAAAUAUGAAAUCCUGCUAAUGUGAACAUCAUAUAUUAUUUUCAGUCAUAUGCUUGAAGUGUUCAUUUUGUAAAACAUUUUAUUCAACAUUACAUAUUUUUAUAUUCAUUGCGAAGGUUGUGUAUUAAGAUCAAAAAUUAAUAAUUAACAGAGUUUGUUCAAUACAAAACAAUAAUUUUUGUCCAUUUAAACUGGCCUUAGUUUUUAAGAUAUAUGUGAUUUUCUGUGAAUGAGCUAAUGCAACCUGAAGAAAUUUUUUGCAAUUGUAUUGAAACAUUGUCUUUCCAUUAAGUUACUCUGUUUAAGUAUUUCAUAAAUCUGUUACUUUACAGUGUUUUUUUUUUCAUGGCAAGUAUGUUUUCUAAACAACAUCUUUGAUGUUAGUGAUAUUGUUUCUCUUUCACAUGUUAAUUAAAAAAAUAUUAUUAAAUUGUUUAUUGAUACCUUCUAACCUAAAGAUACCACUGUGUAUUUGUAAUGACAUAGUUAAUCAUGUUUAUUGAUACCUUCUAACCUAAAGAUAUCACUGUGUAUUUGUAAUGACAUAGUUAAUCAUGUUUAUUGAUACCAUCUAACCUAAAGAUACCACUUUGUAUUUGUAAUGACAUAGUUAAUCAUGUUUAUUGAUACCUUCUAACCUAAAGAUACCACUGUGUAUUUGUAAUGACAUAGUUAAUCAUGUUUAUUGAUACCUUCUAACGUAAAGAUACCACUGUGUAUUUGUAAUGACAUAGUUAAUCAUAAACUGUAUAAUACUAGUUUCAUAAAUUAACUACUCAAACUUUUUAAAGCUUUUGAAGUCUAUGGCAUAUAUAUGCAUGUUUUAUCUAAGCAGCUUACUAAUCUUCCUAAUUCAAUAAUGCUGAUAAGCUCUUAAAAUUAUUUUACAAACAGCUUAAUACUUGUUCAUAAUAGUAUCUGUUUAAAAAUGUUUAUAAUUUCAAGUGCAUUUCCUAAAAUGUAAAAUUACUUUAUAGUUGUUUUUUUUUCAAUUUGAAAAACAUACAUAAAAAGCUCCAUACCAGUGGUAGCUUAACAUAAUGGAAAUGUCUGUUGAUUAAUCCAUUUUAGUUUUGCUCUUACAAGUUCAUGAUCUGAGUCAUAAUGACUAAUAAACUUUAUAAACCAUUGAAUCUUUUUUUUUUUCUUAAAACUAGAGACAUUCUCUAGAUAUGCAUCAUGUGCAGUAUGCUCAAUGUUUAUCAUACAUAUCAAAUCUGGAAAAUGUUGUAUAAUAUUUUCAGAGUUUAAAAUUACAAAACAAAUAUUAUUUGUUUUCAACAAAACCUAUUGAAGUUGUUUUAAUGACAGUUUAGCCUGUUUGCUUAGGUGAACAAGAAUUUUGUGAACUUGUAACUUUAAGAAACAGAGAAAAUAUACAAGUUGUUAAUGUUUAUUUAUCUUUGUGAUAGUAUAGUAUUAAUAUAUUAAUAAAGUUUAACUUUCCUCAUAAUGCUAAUGUAUUAGUAAUCCUAAUUUAGAAUCUUGGGUUAUCUUCAGUCUAUUUUGCUAAAUAAUUAAACUUUAUAUGGUUGUGAUUGAUGUUGUGCUGUCAGUCAAUGCCCACUUUCUCAGGGUUCUUGUGGACUAUGACAUAUUUCAGCUUAUUACUACUGCUUAGCAUAAAUGUGGGUUUCUGAUAAUAUGAAUAUAUUUUCAGUCAGAAUGAAACUAAUUUGUACAGAUAAGUUUGAAAUGUAUUACAGUGAAUGAAGCCAGGCUUUCAAACCACUAUUUCACCUUAUACAAACUGCCUAUUGAUGUCUUCAUUCAACAAACCAAAAGACUGCUAUAGAAAUGAAACUGUAGCACUGCAAAACUAAGGUUUUUAAACACACAGUGUAACCUUUAAUAAUUUUUUAAUAUAAUGUAUACAGUACAUUAAACUUUCAUUAAGCAUAAACAAGCCUGUCUAAACAUGAGUUUUAAUAAACUUGUAAUGUUAACAGUUUAGAGAUGUAGGUUUAAUUUAUUUAACUACAGUUAUUUAUGUUUAAUAGAGUACAAGGGAUCCUUCAGAAACAAGAAGCAGAUUUUCAUUCUUAAAAUAUAUUUCAUGAGUUGUUUUUCUAACCAUAAAUGUUUAAUUAACACAGAAUUUUAUAAUGUUCCAUAGGAUUAAUAAUGCUGUUCUAGGAAAAUGUAUUGUGUAAAAUUCAGUUUAGUUUAUUUGACAGUUUUAAUUUUGCUGAACAUCAUGUAAUAAAUGGGGCCUACAUGGCCUUAUGGUUAUAGUGCCAGGCUGUGAGUUCAAAUGGAAAAUCUAUAAUGGGGAUAUUUCAGAAUAGGAGUGCCAUUUUAGGUUUCAAUGGGGAGAGAACUUAUAUUGAUAUCCAGGAGAGUUGAGUAAUAAUCAGUCUGUUUUGGGAUCAUUUGCUCUGUUAUUGUCUAUGUUUAAUGUCAAUUCGUGACUUGAUUUUUCACCACACUUUACAUCUCAUUGCCAGUUGGCAAAAAAGUAUUUAGGUUUAAAUUUUCUUUUUGUUGCUGUUGUUGCAUAUUUGUGCAAAGUUACUCAAAGACUGUCUGCACUAGCCGUCUCUGAUUUUAAACUAAUAGACUAGAGGGGAGGUAACUAGUCAACAGCAUCCACUGCCAACUCUUAGGCUAUUCUUGACUGAUCAAAAAAUGAUAUCUGACCAUCACCCUUAUAAUUCACCCAGAGUACAGGUUUGGUUUGAACUUCGUGCAAAGCUACACAAAGGCUAUCUGCACAAGCUGUUCCUAAGUUAGCAGUGAUAGACAAGGGAGAAGACAGCUAGUUAACACCAUCCACUGCCAACUCUUGGGCUACUGUUUUAUCAAUGUAUAGUGAGAUUGACUAUCACAUUAAAAUGCCCUCAAGGCUGAAAGGUCGAGCAUGUUUGGUGAUAGAAAUUUGAACCCGUGACUGUGAGUCAAGUGCCUUAACCACUAGGCCAUGCCAGGCCCCAGAAUACAGUGUGUGAUUUUUUUUUGUCUGUGUGUUAGUGUAAUAUGGUAACUGGAUGCAAACGAU